AUGAUCUGGCUCUCCUCGUCUACCAAACAGCACCCGCCAGCAACUCGCAUCAUCGUCACAAGAGUCCCUACGGUAGAAGAAAGUGGCGAGGAGUCAGACAUGAUGCUCCUCAGCCUCAGCGUCGCCGCCGCCGCCAUCCUGCCACCACCACCGCCCCUCCAGCGCCCAUUUCCGCUGGCUGUGGGCAGUCACGGGGUCAUCACGGGGUCAGCUUCCCGUGACUUCACCCUGACCUUUCGGGCGAUACAUCGGGAGCGGCAUGGCUUCUAUUGGCUGCGCACACUCCCGUGCUUAUGUACGCAGCGCUAG